AGCAUAUGCUUCACAGUGAAAUUAAGCAGAAUGUCGUGCAAACUUGUACUAGCAAUCUUUGCUGCUGCGGCGAUGCUGCAACUGUCGGCAGCUGAGGUGGAGUUUCCGGGAAAGCUUGUGAAUUCGCCCUACUCCAUCGCUCCAUUUUUCAAUUUUCCGGAUUCUUGUGAGGGAACUGAUAUUUAUACGGUUUGCACUGGCUGCAAAUCCUAUCUAGUUUGUGCACCAGGAGUCGACGCGAUAGAAACUGAUUGCCCUACGGAAAAACCGUACUGCAACAAGAAUGCCUGCUCGACCACUCUGAGCUCGGAGUAUGAAUGUAUGCCGGAUUCUUUGAAGUGUACCGGAAUCGGAUUCUACCCAGAUCCCAAGCUAUGCCAGUACUACCACUACUGUGAGGCAUCUGGCCAGCAAUCAAACGUGUACGACUGUCAACCAAACAACGUGUUCAACCCGGCCACCAACAUGUGCAAGCAGAAAAGACUGGCCGCGGACUGCGUGGCCGUUAAGUGUGAUCCGAACAAAGUCUUCCAGGCUUUCGGCUCCAGCAAGACGUACUUUGCGUACUGUGGCGACGAUGGAAAGAUUUUGAUGCUUAAAUGUGACACCAACUAUGUGUUCAACGGGGCCGGGUGUGCGUUCCAGUGUCCAGGCUUGGGUAACUUCCCCCAUACCGAUCCGCAAAAGUACAACGAGUGUUACUUCAGCGGAACCAAGCUGGUAUCGAAAGAGGUGAGCUGCCCGGGGGAGAAGGUAUUUAACGCUGACAAGCAAGUUUGUCUGACGGCGUCUUAGUGAGGAUGGUUUAUUUUCUUAAUUUGUAAACAUUUAGUGAAAUUGAAAAAAAAUAGAUGAAUUAAAUAAAUAUUAGC